UGAGAAGCAACUAGUAAUUUAUAAAUUGUUUCAAUGCACUCACUCUUUUAUCCUGCAGUACCAUUAAAAACAAAAAAUGGAUGAUUGCAAUGAGGACAAAAACUACAUGAUAUUUUAAAAAAUAGGGGUGCACACUACAAAUAUAAUAUGCAUUUCAUAAUUUUGAAAACUUUUAGCUCAUAAAUAGCUUCAUCCUCUCUAAAAAAUUUUAAAACAUAAUCUAAAUUCAUUUCACUUCCGGUGACAUGGGUACAAAGGUAGAGACAAGCACUUACUAUGUUACAAUCCUAUGAUAUUUUUUUAUUAUUUUUGUAGGAAAUAUCUAAAAAUGCAUACUCAAGUGAAUAAAAUAGUAAAAAAAUAAUAUUUGUUUAAUAUUUAGAUGGAGAGGAGUCCAGUGAUAGGGCUGUUGUUCCACGUGAGGAUACUGACCCUGCUGAUGCUGCUUGCUCAUGCUGACUUUUACUUCAUCCACCAUGCAUACCAGUUCACAGCUGUAAAGGGACCUUCCGUUCAACUUGUAUUUGGCUUUGAGUACAGCAUUUUAAUUAUAAUGAUUGUCAAUAUAUUGAUUAAGUAUGUUCUCCACGCUAUUGACUCACGCUGGGAAGCCCCAUGGGAGAGCAAAGCCGCAGUGUUGCUGUACACGGAGUUGGCCAUAAACUUCCUUAAAGUACUCCUUUACAUUGGGUUUGUAGCCGUCAUGGUGAGGAUCUAUACACUACCACUCUUCGCAUUCCGACCCAUGUAUGAAACUAUGAGGAGUUUCAAGAAAGCGUAUAAUGACGUGGUGCUGUCGAGGCGCGCGAUUCGCAACAUGAACACUCUGUACCCGGACGCCACUCCUGCAGAACUUGCAGCCGCCGACAACGAGUGCAUUAUUUGCCGCGAAGAAAUGCAUACUGGUGCGAAGAAGUUGCCUUGUAAUCACAUAUUCCACGCGGCGUGCUUGCGGCUGUGGUUCCAGCGACAGCAGACGUGUCCGACGUGUAGACUGAACGUGCUGCGAGCGCCGGCGCCCGACGCGGCGGCCGGGGCGGCCGGGCCUGCGCCCCCCGCGCCCCCACUGGCAGGCCUCGCGCCACACGCUGCGCCCGCGCCCCCGCCACCCGGACCUGUACCUCCACCCUUCCCGAAUAUGCCUCCACCACCACCUAUGAUGGCGUGGGGUAUGCCACCGCCCCCGCCGCCGCGGCCUGCGUCCCUUGCCAACCUGACCACCGCGGAGCUGCAACGCAUGGAGGGCAAUGAGCGCAGGAACAUUGAAGCGAGGCUACAGUUGCUUCGAGAAAUUCAAGCAAUGUUGGACGCAUCAGUGCUGCUCAUGCAGCAGUACUCGACGGUCGUAGCGAACUUACCGCAGAACAACGUCACUGUGUCUACGCAGACGGAAACGAGAAUAGAAGAGUUAACCAAGGAGUCUCCAAUAUCGACGACUCAAGGGAAGUCGGAGCCGGACGUGGUGCCAACCACUUCAAGCUACAAGCAACCGUCGCCGGUGCCCUCCACCAGCAAAACUAUUGUCACGGAGGACACGAGUCCCAUGCAGCCUGAUACUACUACUCCCGUAGACACUAAUAGAGACAAGACUGAUGUGGACGCCGCCGACGAGUUGAGAAGACGUCGAUUGCAGAAGUUUGCGGUGGAUAAAUGAGCUUGUUUAUAUAUUUUCGUUUCGAUUUAUUGAUGUACUAUUAUUUAAUGUACAAAGUGUUUUGGUAUGUGUAAGCAUUAUCUAUUCUAAUUCUAAUCUGAAUAAAUGUAUUUAUGUUCUUGUAAAUAUAAUGGGAUAUACACAUGAAUA